GCGCCGCCUUAUGGAUUAAGAGAUUCAAGAUAUUUUAUAAUUGUUUGUGUAAAAUUCCACAAUUUUCCAGUUAAAUUUUCACAUAAAAUCCGUCCAUGAAUCUUAAAAGAAAACACUCAGGGGACGAAACAUUCAUCCCACAGAGCAAAAUCUUCUUAAGUGAGAAAGUUGUGGAAAAUAACAACAUUGAAAAAAUGGAAAAGAUAUUUGAGAAAACUCACAAAAUGCUCUUUACGGGUGCCAAUAAGCCAACUGAGGAAAAUAUAAGCAAAGCUCUUCCUCAGCAGAUUCUUCUCAGUGGAAAUGGUGAGGUUAGGGAUGCCCAAACAAACGCCCUUUUGCGUCCGGAAACAAAGCGGAAUUGCUCCGGAUGCCUUAAGACUUCUACCUUUCAUACCACCUGUACGAAUUGUAAUCUGGAACUUUGUGAAUUCUGCGGGUACACCUGCACAUGGUGCCGGAAAGGUAUCUGUGAGGCAUGCAUUAAGAUCUACAGCUGUGGCACCAUUGAGCAUCCCAUCUGCGAUUCCUGUUCUAUUUAUAAGUAAAAUCUCGGUAAGAAAACAAAAUUGUAAUUUAUAAUGUAAUUUUUAUUUCAAUAUAAUUAUCAAUCACUUUAA